AUGCAGAUCUCUUGGGCUGUGUGCUCUAUCUGUGUCCUGAUCCAAAUUGCUGUACGCUCAGUAGAAGGGUGGCAAGUGUUUAAAAAUGAUGCCACAGAAAUCAUCCCUGAGCUCCCUGAAAAUACAGAAACACCAGUGGAGCAGACUAACAGCAACAACAACACAAUGAACCAGGCAAAACACGGGGGAAGACAGCCACAGCCGUCUCUGGAUCCGAACGAUGCCUCAGAUUUCAGCUGCAGAGAGCUGCGCUACACACGGUAUGUCAUUGAUGGGCCCUGCCGCAGCUUCAAGCCCAUAAAGGAGCUGGUCUGCUCAGGCCAGUGUUUCCCCUCCCACCUCCUCCCUAACUCUAUUGGCAGAGGAAAGUGGUGGCGCCAGAAUGCCCUGGAUUACCGCUGCAUUCCCGCGCAUGCUCGCACUCAGCGCAUCCAGCUGGCCUGCCCCCAGGAAGAGACUCGGACUUACAAAAUCCGAGCUGUCACCGCAUGUAAAUGCAAGCGCUACACUCGCUACCACAACCAGUCUGAGCUGAAGGACUUCGGGAAGGAAACCAUCAGGCCUCAGAAAAACAAGAAGCCUCGUCUCUCCAGAGCAAGGGACAGCAAAUCCAACCAGCCUGAACUAGAAAAUGCCUAUUAG